AUGGUGCGAAGCCACAGAACACUCAAUGUCACAGAAAAACAUUUUUUUUGAAAAAUUUUUGUAUUCUGCAUUUUCUGUCAGAAACAUAUUUCAAAUGAAAUUAAUUAAAAAUGUUUGCUAAUUAGAAAAAAAUUUUUUGUGCAUCUCUUGUAUGAAUUAAUAGGUUUUUUAGUAUUGACGUUAUUCGAAUUUUUUUCAUUCUGUUUUUUUAUCAAGUAUCAAUUCUCAUUUUUUUCAGAAAAAAAUCAAUAAAUUGUGUGAUUUGAUCGACACAAAAAGUAGACGAUGGAUCUUGCAUCCCGUUCAUAAAUUUUGUCAAUAAAGCUAUCAAGGGAGUUGGAAAGGUAAUUCUCCAUGUUAAAUUGACCUUUGCUUAUAUCUUUCAGGCUUUGGUUUACGUCGUUUUCUCUUUAACUUUAUUUCUUUCCUUCACAUCUUUCUUUAUCAUCCUCCCGUACGAGCAACUGUGAGCUUUUAUCCAAAACUUAGGUUGCUUAUUCAAACUUUUUGCAGAUAUAAAUCACCGUAUUUGUUGAUCAUAAUAUCCAUCUUUGGUUUAUACCUUUUGAUCAACAUUCAAUUUCAUUACUACAAAGCAAGAACUCUUCCGCCUGUGGCCAAUCCUGGAGUGAGUUCUUUGAAACUGCUGGUUUCCGCUAAGAUGAUCUGGUAGAUUAAAGCGGAUUUCAGGCCGAAGGAGACUCUUUUUGUGAAAAAUGCAACUAUUGGAAAAGUACAAAGACCCAUCAUUGCGCCGUUUGUGGGAAGUGAGUACCUUAUUUUUUAAUUGUGGCUUUUCUUUUUUAAUCCGAUCCAGUGUUUCACAGUCGCUAAAAAAAGCAUGUGAAAAAGAGAUUCAAUCGCCGGAAAUGAGAAAAAAAUCAGUCAUUUCUUUUUUUAUUUGUUUUUACUUCAUAAUUGAAAGAUCAUUCUUACAAAAAAAUCUUACCUUAAUCAAAAUUAUAAAAUAGAAUAAAAAUUAGCCUUUUUGAUACCAUAAAAGAUAUUUUUUUCUUAAUCAACAUCAGUUCUUUCAGGUGUAUUCUGGGGAUGGAUCACCAUUGCAUUUGGAUAAACCAAUGCGUCGGAUCUCACAAUCACAGACAUUUCUUUCUUUUCAUUGCGAGUUUGACCUUGGCCACUCUGAUUAUACUUAUGGCAGGCUUCAAUUCAUUUUACGAUCACGUCUUCAAUGUAAGUUUUUUUAAUCAAAAAGGAAACUCAAACUUCCAUGUCUUCAGUAUUCCACUGACUACACCUUCUGCUCUGCAAAUUUACACAUGGCGCCUUUGCAACCUUUCAUUUGUGAAUAUGACGGUCAGACUUUCUCGAACUCGAGAAAUAAAAACUUUUUUUUUCAGGUUUCGCCAGAAACGCAGUAAUAUUUUGUUAUUUGUUGAGUGCGGUUCUAUUUCUGAUGGUCGGCGGGUUGACGUUAUGGAACGUUUAUUUGAUAUCGAUCGGAUGCACUUAUAUUGACUAUUUGGUAAGACCUCCAUAUUCAAACUUCUCUGAGAAUUUUCUCUGUUUUUUCUUUCUGGGCUACAAAGUAAUGUCAGGCGCAUGUAGUUCGCUUUCGGGUGCGCCGAAAAAGUUUAUCAUUUUCAAAAUUACGUUUUAAAAAUUAUGGGUCAUUUUUUUGAGUACGACAUGUGCUGCAAAGAAAAGCGAAUGAAAAGCGACUUUCAGCAAAAGAAUGGCACAAAAAGACCUUCUGGGUAUCGAAAGUACACAAGCAAAGCGGCAAAUUGGCGCAAUUUUCUGGGUCUCCGUCGUAACAGGACAUUCCUCAAAUACGUGCUGCUUCCUCGGGUUUUCCCGCCAAUACUUUAUGAAAAUAUUAGGAGAACGGAAAGCGAUAGUUCCCAAAUUGUCUAG